AAGCAGCUGGAAGCUUUUUAAAUAAACAAAUACACUUCCAACAAAAUUCACUGUUACUUUCCUAUAAAUUUGAGAAUUACCUUCUUAAUUUGUUCAAUUACUUAGUUUCUUAGUUGUUUUAUUGAAUAAUGAAAGUAACUUUCUAUAAGUUUAUAUAAUUGUCAUGAAUUCUGUUAAAUACUUGCGAUUUCUCUUAGCCAAAGUUGCUAUUCUAAUCUUCUUGUUUCAUCUUGAUUCAUGUGAAGAGGAACCUGAUAGCCAUGUAUCAUUUUAUAUACAUCAUUCAAUAGAAUCAAAUGAUUCACCUCCAGUUUAUACUCCUAGAGGAAUAGUCACAUAUUUUUCCUCACGCAAUGAAGCCAUAUAUUCAGAUGAAGAAUCACUUACAAAUGAAGAUAUUCUAAAACUUAAGAAAUUGGCUGAAUCAGAUGGCAUAUACAGAAUUAAAAUCUUAACCAAACCUGAUGAUCCUGAUGAAGAUGCAGUUUUUUCUUUUACUAAAGCAUGUGCAAUUUAUGAAUCUGGUUUGACCGAUACUAUCACAAUUGCAUUAGAUCAAAGUGGAGCUCCAUAUGGAAUAGCAAUAUCUGCAAUACCUGCUCAUUGCAUUGGAUCUCAUGUACCAACCUCUAAACUUAUGGGUUUCAACACAAGUAUCAAUUUUGUUACUCUUGCUAAUGGCCCCUCACCUGACACCUUAACGUACAUUCAAAGACUAGAGCAAGAGAAAGCAGAGAAAGCUAGAGGGGAGCAAGGAGACAAUCGAUCAUUUCUAGCAAAAUAUUGGAUGUAUAUAAUACCUUUUGUGAUAUUUGUGUUUAUAUCUGGUGCAGGAAAUCCCGAGGGACAAGGAGGAGGACGUUAACUUUGUUAUUUAUUUGUAAUUUUAUACAUAGAAAAUGUAAACAAAUUUAUUUAAUGUAUUCUUCAUCCUAGAAUCUAUUCCUUUCUUAAUUUAAAUUAAAAUACACUAUCACUUUU